CUCACUAACCUUCAGGGACUGGGACAAGUUUAUGCAUUGAUGUGACCGCAUCGUCACGCACGGCAGGAGGUAACCGUAUAGCACUGAACCUCCAAUAAUCGGGCCUCAGUGCACCUACUUGUUGGAUCUCGGCCGAUGAUUAAAUGCAUGAUGUACCGUCUCCGGGUCCCACCCAACCAUCUGUGAACCUCAUGAAGGCAUUCCGUGCCGUGCACUGACUUUCGCGCUGGGGAGAAGCAUGGCAGCUUUUGGUGACCCGUUGGACACUUCUGAUGAGUGCACGAGGCUUAGGACAGGCUAUCUCGACCAACUGAAUCUAGACAACGGGAAAGUAAGAAAGAGAUGGGUGAUAUUCCAAGGCAAUCAACAAUCGGGUCUCUUUCAGCUGAAAAUCUACAAGAACGACAAGGAGAAAAUCCUGAAGAGUUCGUACACGCUGACAAAGGAGACACUAGUCGGCACCGAGCGAGGGGCUCUUCAGAAACCAAAGAAGAAGCGAGAAAAGUCGGCUUAUUGGGCCGUGAUCCUGGUCACGGACACCGUGGUGUUUCAGGAACCCGCGCCAUGGGAGCAGGGCGGCAUCGGUAUGGAGCUGCGGUCCUGGGACACGGUGGUCAAAUCAUACUUUAGCAACGAGAGUUGGGUAGUGAAAACCUUGAAAGGCUUCGUGGCACCCGAGUUCCAGAUGACUCUGCACGUUACCCGUCAUGCACUGAGCCUAGUAACGAUGAACCCACCCAAGUGCUGCAAGCGAUGGGAGCUGUCUAGAAUCUCGGACUAUUGGUCCAGAGAAGGGAUCUUCUACUUCAAGGUGGAUGUUGCGUCCAGUGCAGAGGAGGAUUUUGAAAUGAAGGCGGAGUCCGAGUCUCACGCAAGACGCAUCCGCCUGUCUCUCGACCGGGUACUCACCCCAGGUGGUCUGCAGCCGCUGGACCUUAGUACCGAUCGCCCACCGCUGCCGAGUGAUAGAGCACCUUCUCCUGAAAGGUACACUCCAUCACCAACACUACAGAAGAAGCUUCCAACAAUAGCUCCCCCAGCUCUCAGUGGAGAAGAGCUCUGAUCACUGGCUCAGAAAGACAAAGUUCUGUUGGAAGUUCUUGGGGAGGUGCUGUUCACUUUCGAUAGACGGUAGAUAACCAAACGAGAUUUAACAAAAACAACCGCAGCCAAAUAAUCAAGAUGGCGGCGCGAUUGCCGUGCAACAUCCCGCAGGCCCUCGAAACACAUACAGUUGAACUCUGAUGAGAAAAGCAUUGUUAAUACAUGCAAAGUCUUGUUUAUAAAAGGGACAAAUUUAGGUCACAGUCUUUGUUUUCCCCUUAAUGAUAACAAGAGGUACCUGUUAUGCCAAGGAAAAUUUCAAUGUCCCAAGGACCUUGUUAUAAAAGUGUUCCACUGUGACCCCGAACUUCAACAGACUGACCCUAAAUUCGCGCAACUUUGAAGACUCGAACAACGAGGUUGUCAUAAUAGGAUGGAAUUGCUAAUCCAUUGUAACCUUGGCAUAUUGCCGUCUGGGAUUUUUAUGUGAUUGCUAACUUGCUAACCACGGUUAGACUUCAAUAAACAUUAAAUUAUGUCCAGUAUACUUUGGGGGAAUGCCUAAUUUUAGCGACAAUCCACGGACUUCAAGAAUGCAAGCUACAUUAACAAGUGUGUAUGGGUAUACCAAGAUAAGAUUAUACAUUGUAUUGUGUCCAUGUAUCUGUAUAACAUUAUCAUCAAAUCUAU